AGCCAUGUUGGCUCAAGGCGUCCAUGCUCAAAUGUCGUGGAAGCGUGCAUUCGCCAGUUUGCUCACUACUCAGGCUCCAGAGGGCCCUGCGCAUGCUUAGGCAACUCCCUUCACGAGCGUGAUUAUGACGCAUAGCAUCCUGGACCCCGCCUUGUCGAAUUCCAUGCUGCUCCGGAGGGGCUCAGUUCCUCCUCAGUGCAAGGACUUCAGGCUUGACGAUUUCGAGGUUGUGGGGAAGCCCCUUGGCUGUGGAUCUUUCGGUCAUGUGAACAGGGUCGUCCAGAGGGACACGGGUAAGACCUUCGCGAUGAAGGUGAUGUCCAAGACGAAGAUACUCGAGUUCAACCUGGAGCAGAACAUCGAGCGGGAGGUGAGCUUCCAGCAGAGUAUGCAGCACCCGAAGAUCUUGCAGCUGUACAAGUACUUCGAGGAUCUGGAGGACAUAUACCUGCUCCUGGAGUACGCGCCGAACGGAUCGGUGUUCGAUCUGCUUAGGGAGCGACGGAAGGCGGCCGCUGCAUCCGACGCGGUACUGCGCGGACUUCCGGAGCCUCAGGCCGCGAGCAUCUUCCGCGACGUGGCGGAGGCCCUCCAUUUUCUCCACGGCAGCGGGGUGAUCCACCGGGACCUGAAGCCGGAGAACAUACUCCUCUGCGAGGGCGGCGUGGCGAAGCUGGCGGACUUCGGCUGGUGCAACCAGCUCGCGAAGGGGAGCGCGGGCCGCAGCACCUUCUGCGGCACGCGGGAGUACCUCUCGCCGGAGAUGAUCGCCAAUGAACCCUACGACUGCAGCGUGGACGUAUGGGCCGCGGGCGUCCUCCUGUUCGAGAUGUUGGCGGGGACAUCGCCCUUCGCCGCCAGCAACUACGUGCAGGCGCUCGGCAAGAUCUCGAGGGCGGCGUACGAGUUCCGGGGCCACGUCUCGGCAGCCGCCCGCGACCUGGUGGGCAGGCUGCUCGUGAGGGAGUCCAGCCAGCGACUCGAUCUCGGGAGAGCGGUCGGGCACCCGUGGGUGCUGGGGCACACCUCCGGCCCCGGCGGGCCGUGCUGCGGCAGCCAGCAGAGCACGCAGACCCCGAGGAGCGAGCCCACCAGCUCCCGCCGCGGGAGCAAGGAAGCGCCGGCGGCGGAGGUGCACGCGAUGCUUGGGCGCGCGGUCGCUGCGCGGAGCGCGGCGCUGCUAGAGACCGCGGUGCAGAAGGCGGCGGCGGCCGGCUUGGAGGAGAGCGAGCUGUCCGAGGCGCGUCGGGCGCUGGCGGUGGAGAAGCGGAGGUCCGAAGCCCGGAGGCGCCUGAGGAACGCCACGCAGAGGCGCUCGCCGAGCGAGCUCCGCCUGGCGCUGGCGGACGCAGAGGGGCUGGAGCUCUCCAGCGGGCUGCUUGAGCACGCGAGGGAGGUGCUGGCGGGCCUCUCGGGCGCCGCGGCGGACAGCGACUCCGAGGGGUGCUCGCUGGAGGCCACGGUGCCGGUCGUCAGGGUGAGCCCCGAGGUUGAGGCCGAGGCGCCUCGCCUCGCGUGCGCCCGGGCGCGGACCGAGCCCGCCGCCGGCGCCCGCGGGCCGGACGCCCCAGGCGGAGGGCCGCUCCCAGCCGCCACGGCGAACCUGCUGAACAGCCUGAGGCCGGCGCGGUCGCCGUCGCCCCGGACCAGGGAGGCGGCCGCGCGGGUGGGCCGCCGCGCGAAGAUCGCGGGGGGCCACCUCGACCCCGAGGCGCGCGCGGUCUGCUCCGACCCCGCCGCCGCCUCCACGCGCACGCCCCUCCGCAGCCAGGCGCGCUGCGAGGGCGAGGGCCUCCUCGCGUCGCUGCUCUCCCCGCGGCGCCGGCGGGGCUCGGCGCCCCUGCUCCCCGUUGGCGACCUCGGCCUGGCGGCAGAGCCGGCGCCGCGGCGGGGCUCGCUGGACGACGUGCCCUGCACGCCCAGCUUCGGCGCCGUGGGUAGCACCCCAGCCUCGGCGAGCUUCACGCCGAGGUCGGAGGAGAGCACUGGUCGAUCUCCAGCUGCGACAAGACGAGCUCCAAGGACCAGGGGCGCCGGCGCGGCGGGCGUGGGCCUCCGCGAGCGCCUGGCGCUGCGGAAGAGGCAGCUCCGGGGCUCGCGCUCCCUCGCCAGCCCGCCGCGGCUGGCCGGACGAUCCGCCCGUGGACCCGCUGGCGGCCACCUGCCCCGCGAGCCUCCUGUUGCACCUACAGCCCCUCGGCAGCACCUUCGGGGAGCCCAGCGGCGCCCAGCGGUGCCCCUCGGGGAAGGACCGACUGGAGCGCGCCGUCGCCGCGCGGCAUCGCGCUCCCGAGCGGCAGCGUCGCGGCGCCCAUGUACGGCUCCGUUGCGGAGGAGGACAUCGACCGCUCCCCCGUGA